UUGAGAUUAAAUAUGCGGGAUGAUGUCUCGAGCUGCCUUUAAAUGAGCAGGUGUCUGCUUUAAGAUUUGGGAGCGUUUCAAGGAACGUAUGAAGUCGAACUCUUCCCGUAUUAGAUGUGUUUCUGAGAAGUUUUCUGGACAGAACUGCACCCCAAUAUGAGACAUGAGGGGAUCCUCCCCACAUGACUGAAACAGAACCAAGCAGAUUCUCUGAAGUUGACAGAUGCAGGAAGAAGCCAAAGAACUCUGAGUGAGGCUAAUACAUACCAACAGGCUGCCAGUCAGGCUGCCGCAUUCUGACACGGACAUCGAGAGAUAUUAAAAAGACGGACCGAAAUAAAGACGGACAGACAGACAAGACAGUCUGAUGCCAGCUGUCUCUACCGUGAACCUCACGGGACAACUCCUCCUGCUGUUGCUAUGGGCAAUCCACCCCACCAUGGCAACCAACUGGCUCUCGAUAGCGAGGAUGCCUCGCUCUCGCCCCGUGUCCGGCACCGCCCCCUGCGGGAAGCUGCGCGGCCUGACCGUGGGCCAGGUGGGGGUCUGCAGGGCCAGGGGAGAGGUGAUGGAGUCUGUACGUAGGGCUGCCGAGAUGGUCAUAGAGGAGUGCCAGCACCAGUUCCGUAAUCGACGGUGGAACUGCUCCACCACCCCUCGUGGAGUCAACAUGUUUGGAAAAGUCAUGACCCAAGGCACACGAGAGGCAGCCUUUGUGCACGCCCUGUCCUCGGCCGCGGUGGCUGUCGCGGUGACACGGGGCUGCAGCCGGGGGGAACUGGAGAGGUGCGGCUGUGACAGGAAGGUCAGAGGAGUCAGUCCGGAGGGUUUUCAGUGGUCAGGGUGCUCAGACAACCUGUCCUACGGAGUGGCAUUUUCCCAGACAUUUGUCGAUGAGCCAGAACGUGCCAAGGGGAUGUCAUCAGGGCGUCCACUAAUGAAUAUCCAUAACAAUGAGGCUGGAAGGAAGGCAAUUCUGCACAACAUGCAGGUAGAGUGCAAGUGCCACGGGGUAUCUGGCUCGUGUGAGCUCCGAACCUGCUGGAAGGUGAUGCCACCAUUCCGGCGUGUGGGGGCCGUGCUGAAGGAACGCUUUGACGGGGCCACUGAGGUACGUCUGUCUCGGGUGGGCUCAAGGACAGCCCUCCUGCCCCGGGAUCCUCAAGUGAAGCCCCCAGCAGCCCGUGACCUGGUGUACCUUGCCGCUUCCCCAGACUUUUGCAGCUUGGACCCCGACAACGGAAUCCCAGGUACCGCUGGCCGGCGCUGUAAUGGCACUUCCCGGCUGGCCCCAGAUGGGUGCGAGCUGUUGUGCUGUGGGCCUGGGUUCAGAGCAGGCCGAGCUGAGGUGGUGCAGCGCUGCUCCUGCAAGUUCUCCUGGUGCUGCUCAGUCCGCUGCCAGCAGUGCAAGAACACUGUGCUCAUCCACACCUGCAAAGAAUAAAACGGAAGGAGGAAGCAGUUGUUUACGUGCACUGAAGAUCAUGCAACCUGUGCUCCGAAAACAAGAGGACACACAACAAAGGGACGCUGAAGCAGUCAUAUUUUGCUCAGACUUCACUACUGGGGGGGGGAACUGAAGAGUAACACUUUAAAUGCACAUAUUCUUUAUAUAAAGACAUUUCCUCAUAACUGACAAACAACGCUUCACAGCUGAAAAUAGGAAAUUAACCAUAGACUGACACUAAGAAUGUUUACAUACACAUAUAUUCCAGCUAAAUCCAUAGCUCUUAAUACAUUACUUUAAACCUAAAAACUAGAUACAAAUCUAUGUCACUAUUUGUUUUUUGUAUGCACCACUCAUUGCACCUAUCUGCCAAUGUGUAUUUAUUCACCUCAGACUGUGAAGCAUUUGCAUAACUACACUGCAGAUUUUAAAUUAGCCCCAGAUUAGCGUGCAUUUCAUCGCACCAUCAUUUACAGCUAUGUAGAUACAGCUACAUUAAGUAUAUGUGGGACGUGAAGUAUUAGUUUCAAUUUCAGUAUUUAUUUGUUGAAAUAAACAAUUUUCACAACACUCAUCAGUUGUGUCCUAAUUAUUAUACAUAAACAUAAUCAAGAAAGACCCAGGGCCCAACUACUGCUGUCACCUUGUAACGCCAGUCUCUUGGGCAUACAUUCAAGUCCAGUGUUGUCUGUUCUCUUCAUGUUGCCAUGGGUUUCCUGCAGGUGCUCAGUAUUCUCCAAAGACAUAAUAUCCAGAGGAAAGGCACACUUUAAACUGGUCUUAGUGUACAAAUGAUAAAGGUAUUGCCCUUUUCUCCUCAAAUGUUUAUAACAUUUAUAGGUUUCUGUGCAUUACUGCUGUGGCCAUUUUUACCAGACAGGUACAACAAAUAAAACCACAGGAGGCU